CGAAAAGCAUAAACCUCACAAACCCCACAAAAAGAACACAAAGUUCACUUAAUUUCGCAGAUAGUUCCGGCUCUCGAUUCUUUGAUUUCUUCGGCUUCCUUCUUUCAUUGACCACACCAUGGUUUACAUAACAUCGUGGGACGAGUUCGUCGAUCGAUCCGUACAGUUGUUCCGCGCCGAUCCUGAAUCGGGGCAAAAUAAAUCAAAACACAUUGUACUAUUGCAAUUUCUUUUGCGGUUCCGAAAUUCUAUUGUUCAAUUUGAUAGUAACCCUAAGAUUUCUGAGUUAUAGUUUUUCUUUCCUUUUUUUCCCCAAGAAAUUAAAAGAGCUGCAUAGUAUUUUGCUUAGAGUAGUAGUAAAAUUGUUAUUUGUUUUUAUAAUUUUACUGAAUUUUUUGUUUAAUUCCUUUUUUCUGGAUUUGGAUCGCGGACUUAGACGCGAUAUUGUAUGAAGUACAGACAAUGUGAUGGCAAAUUGGUUCUCAAGGUCACCGAUAAUAAAGAGUGUCUUAAGUUCAAGACAGAUCAAGCACAAGAUGCUAAGAAGAUGGAGAAACUGAAUAAUAUCUUCUUCGCCUUGAUGGCUCGGGGACCUGAUGCGGAUGCGUCAGAAGUUACAGGGAAAGAACAGAUGGAAACACAGCCACCAAAGAAGGGAAGGGGAAGGAAACAAUAACUUGUAAGCUUGUAAACUGAUAGGUGUUUGGUCAAAUUUUAGACUCAUCAACACGCAAAAGAAUUUUUUGCAACUAAGAAAUGCCUGGUGGUUUAACUUCUGAAAAUAUUCAGGUUUCCAAAAUUUUCAUGGCAAUAGGAAGAUGAAAUUCUCUUAUGUUCCUGACUUUCUGGAUUUGCUUGGAUACAAAUUUUGCUAGUUCAUGUUGGUUGGCGUGCAUUUCUCUUUCU